CAUAAGUCACGAGGAAGCCUGAUUCAGUCCUUGAGAUUUGUAGUCUUCAACCGGCCGGCAAAAUUUUAUUUCUUGGCCGGUUUUCAGGACUUACCAAAUAGCUUAGCUCAAGAAGCAGGAUGUUUCUAAGGGCCAGUGUAAGAGUGUUAAAACAGUGCCACCUCCAGGCAAUAGGAGGAGCCAAGCAUAAAGCUGGAUGUCUUUCCAAGUAUGUCUUCACACCAAAAAAUCCUAUAGCCAGAGAUGCAUUCUUCUAUCCAAAGUUGUAUGCAGGUGCAUCUAGGUUUUGCUCAAGCCAGGCCAAAGAUGAUGCUAAAGUAUCAGCAGUACCACUGACACCAUAUGACCAACUGACCAUCGGUGUCCCAAGAGAAACCUUCCAGAAUGAACGACGAGUUGCAUUAAGCCCAACGGCUGUCAGCCAGCUCAUUAAACAAGGUUUUAAUGUGGUUAUCGAAGAAGGUGCUGGUGUUGGAGCUAGGUUUCUUGAUGAAGAAUACAUCAGUGCUGGGGCAAAGAUCAAGAGCGUUAAAGAUGUCUAUAGCAGUUCUGACAUUAUUCUUAAGGUUCGCCCCCCUGCUCCUGAAGAAACAGAAUUAAUGAAAGAAGGAUCGAAACUGGUCAGCUUUCUAUACCCAGCACAGAACACGGCCCUCCUAGACACACUAGCAAAGAAGAAAAUCACUGCAUUUGGAGUAGAUUGUAUCCCUAGGAUUUCAAGGGCRCAGACCUACGAUGCUUUGAGCUCCAUGGCUAACAUCGCUGGUUACAAGGCUGUUAUUGAAGCUGCAAACCUGUUCGGCAGGUUCUUCACUGGGCAGAUCACUGCUGCCGGCAAAGUCCCACCAGCUAAAGUCCUAGUCAUUGGUGGUGGAGUUGCUGGUCUUUCUUCCAUAGUAACAGCAAAGAACAUGGGGGCAAUCGUCAGAGCUUUUGACACACGGGCUGCCGUAAAAGAACAGGUCCAGUCACUUGGUGCUGAGUUUUUAGAGGUUACUGGUGUUGAAGAAUCUGGAGAAGGCUCUGGAGGCUAUGCCAAAGAGAUGUCACCAGAGUUUAUCAAAGCAGAAAUGGCUUUGUUUGCCAAGCAGUGUAAAGAUGUAGAUAUUGUGAUCACCACAGCUUUGAUUCCUGGCAGACCAGCUCCAAAACUCAUCACAAAAGCUAUGGUUGAAUCAAUGAAGCCUGGAUCUGUUAUAGUGGAUCUUGCUUCAGAAACAGGAGGGAAUUGUGAACUGACCAAGCCAGGAGAGCUCUAUAACCACAAUGGAGUGAAUAUUGUUGGCUACACAGAUCUUCCAAGUCGUCUAGCCACUCAGUCCAGCACACUUUAUGCCAACAACCUGACCAAAUAUUUACUGUCCAUGGGAGGGGAGAAGGGAAAGUUUGGUAUAGACUUGAAUGACGAGGUCAUCCGAGGAUCAAUUGUAUUGCAAGAUGGUAAAAUGAUGUGGCCUCCACCAGCGAUCAGCCAUCCUCCCCCUACUCCAUCAAAGCCAAAAGCCGUCGUCAAACCACCAGAGCUCUCUCCUUUCAAUUCAGCAUUGCAAGAAGCAGGUCUCACUGCUGCUGGAUUUGGAUCUCUACUGGCUCUCAGCACAGUCUCGCCCAAUGCCGCAUUUGCAACCAUGAUAACCACUUUCUCACUGUCUGGCAUCAUUGGUUACAAGGUAGUGUGGGGAGUGACCCCUUCCCUUCACUCACCCCUCAUGUCUGUAACAAACGCCAUCUCUGGAAUCACCGCGGCUGGUGGUCUGGUAAUGAUGGGUGGCGGAAUGUUACCAAAUAAUACUGCCACAACCUUAGCUGCUGCUGCGACACUAAUCUCAUCUAUUAACAUUACCGGUGGCUUUAUUAUUACCAAGAGAAUGUUAGACAUGUUUAGACGUCCAGGUGAUCCACCAGAGUACUCGUACAUGUACGCCCUCCCUGCUGCUAUGGCAAUGGGUGGUUAUGCAGGAGUUAAAUACAUGGGAUACCCUGAUAUUGACCAGAUGGCUUACCUCAUCUCAUCUCUCUGUUGUGUUGGUGCACUCAGUGGUCUGUCCACCCAAAGUACUUGCAGACAGGGCAAUUCUCUAGGAAUGAUUGGUAUUGGUACUGGAAUGGCUGCCACCAUCGGUAGCCUCCAUCCCAGCCCAGAUGUCCUGGCCCAGAUGAGUGCCAUGAUGGCUGUUGGUGGUUCCAUAGGAGCAGCCAUCUCCAGCCSUAUCGCCGUCAGUGACCUACCCCAGCUCGUUGCAGCCUUCCACAGCUUUGUAGGUCUUGCAGCAGUCUUGACUGCCAUCGCUAAGUUCAUGAUCGAUGGAGAUCAUUUUGCUCUAGAUCCUGCAGGCAAUGUCCACAAAACCGCAAUCUUCCUGGGGACAUUUAUCGGAGGAGUGACCUUCACUGGGUCGUUAGUAGCAUUYGGCAAGCUCCAUGCUCUACUGGAUUCCAAGGCACUCAGCCUGCCGGGCAAGAACCAACUGAACAUUGCCAUGGCACUGGCCAAUGUUGCUGCGAUGGGAUAUUACAUGACUAGUGGAGACAACAGUGUCUGUCUGUCCAUGUUGGGUACGACUGCAGCAUUAUCAAUGAUCAUGGGAUGGCAUAUGACAGCAUCCAUCGGCGGUGCCGACAUGCCAGUCGUCAUCACAGUACUCAACAGCUACAGCGGAUGGGCCUUGUGUGCCGAGGGCUUCAUGUUGAAUAAUGACCUCCUGACCAUCGUCGGCGCCUUGGUUGGGUUCUCUGGAGGCAUCCUCUCGUACAUCAUGUGUAAGGCCAUGAACAGAUCUCUUGCUAAUGUCCUGUUUGGUGGAUAUGGGACCCUGUCUUCUGGAACCGGAGAGAGAGUGAAGAUCGAAGGAACGCACACGGAGAUUAAUGCUGACUCAGCAGUAGAAAUGCUUACCAGUGCUAAGGAUGUGAUUAUCGUGCCUGGUUACGGCCUGGCGGUUGCUAAGGCCCAGUACGCUAUUGCUGAUAUGGUGCGUACGUUGAAAGACAAGGGUAUCAAUGUACGGUUUGGUAUUCAUCCUGUGGCAGGACGUAUGCCGGGACAACUCAACGUUCUUCUCG